AUGUACUUUGACGGGGCUAUGGGUACCAUGAUUCAGAACGCGAAAAUGGAGGAGGAAGAUUACCGAGGCACCGAAUUCAUGGAGCAUAAGAAGAAUCCCAAGGGAAACAAUGAUAUACUGACCCUCACCCGACCCGAACUCAUCAAAGACAUUCACAGGCAAUAUCUGGAAGCUGGAUCCGAUUUUAUCGAGACCAACACUUUUAGUGGAACCACUAUUGCCCAGGCCGAUUACGAAAUGGAACAUCUCGUUGACCGCAUCAAUAUCGAAUCAGCCCGACUUGCCAAAGAGGCUGUAAAGGAGCACUACGCGAAAACGGGCAUUAAGUGCUAUGUGGCUGGUGCCAUGGGUCCCACCAAUCGAACGCUUUCACUCAGUCCGUCUGUGGAAAACCCUGCGUUCAGAAAUGUCACCUGGGAUGAGCUUGUGGCGGCUUACGAUCAACAAGCACGUGGUCUGCUUGAAGGCGGGGCGGACAUUCUGCUAGUCGAGACUAUCUUCGACACGGCCAAUGCCAAGGCGGCGUUGUUCGCCAUAGACGCGAUGUUUGACAGCGGUGUCACCAAAUGUCCUGUCCUGGUCAGUGGUACCAUUGUAGAUAAGUCCGGGCGCACCCUAUCUGGACAAACGGGCGAGGCCUUCCUUAUUAGUGUGAUGCACAAUAAGCCCUUGGCCGUGGGACUGAAUUGCGCGUUGGGUGCGGAUGAGAUGAGACCUUUCUUGGAAGCGAUUAGUAACUAUACGGAUACGUAUGUACUGUGCUACCCCAAUGCGGGUCUACCCAAUACCUUCGGCGGCUACGAUGACACGCCAGAGAAGAUGGCUAACGAUGUAUCUGACUUCGCCGAGAGUGGGUUCAUUAACAUCUUGGGUGGUUGCUGUGGAUCUACGCCUGCACAUAUCAAAGCCAUUCGCGAGAAGUGCUCUCAGUAUGCUCCCCGUAAACGCCCCGCAAAUCGGCACGAGGGCUUUCUGAUGCUGAGUGGUUUGGAACCGGUUGAGAUCAGCGAAGGCGCCAUGUUUGUGAACAUCGGCGAGCGCUGCAAUGUGGCGGGAUCACGCAAGUUCUGUCGGUUGAUUAAGGAGGAUAAGUAUGAUGAAGCGUUGGCCGUCGCUAAGGAGCAGGUCGAGAAGGGUGCUCAGAUUAUCGACAUCAAUAUGGACGAAGGCAUGCUGGACGGUGUGCGGGCCAUGACCCGUUUCGUCAAUCUCAUCGCCUCCGAACCCGACAUCGCCAAGAUGCCGUUGUGCAUCGAUUCGUCUAAUUUUGCCGUGGUUGAGGCCGGCAUCAAGUGUGCCCAGGGCAAGUGUGUGGUGAAUAGUAUCAGUCUUAAGGAGGGAGAGGAAGAGUUCCUGAAUAAGGGAAGGCUUCUCCGCAGAUACGGAUGUGCCGUGGUAGUGAUGGCCUUCGACGAGCAGGGCCAGGCCGCCGAUGCCGAUCGCAAAGUGGAAAUCUGCAAACGCUCGUACGAUUUGCUGACCCAAAAAGCCGGAACUGAUCCAAAUGACAUCAUUUUCGACCCGAAUAUUCUGACCAUUGCUACGGGCAUGGAGGAGCACAACAACUACGGUGUGGACUUUCUCAAUGCGUGCCGUGAGAUCAAACGCAUAUGCCCCGGGGCUCGCAUCAGUGGUGGGGUGUCCAAUCUGUCCUUCUCGUUCAGAGGAAUGGAGGUGAUCCGUGAGUCCAUGCACUCCGUCUUCUUGUACCACGCUAUUCAGGCGGGUAUGGACAUGGGUAUCGUCAACGCCGGAGCCCUACCUGUGUACGAUGACAUCGACCCGAAGUUACUGAAGCUGUGCGAAGACCUGUUGUUCAACCGCAACGACGAGGGAACUGAGGCCAUGUUGGAGUACGCGUCCAGUCUCGGAACUGCGGCCAAGAAAGCCGUUGUGUCUGAAGAGUGGCGCAGCUGGAGUGUACAGGACCGUCUAUCGCAUUCGUUAGUCAAAGGCAUCGACAAGUACGUCGUCGAAGACGUCGAAGAAGCACGCCUGCAAACCAACCUGUAUCCACGCCCCCUACACAUCAUCGAAGGUCCGCUCAUGGCCGGUAUGAGUGUCGUGGGCGACCUAUUUGGCGCAGGCAAAAUGUUCUUGCCGCAAGUCAUCAAAAGCGCGCGAGUGAUGAAACGCGGGGUGGCCCAUCUGAUCCCGUUUAUGGAGAAGGAACGGGAGGCUAACCUAGCGCUCUUGGGCUUGGACUCGUCCGAACCCAUGUGGAACGGUACGGUGAUCAUGGCCACCGUCAAGGGAGACGUGCAUGACAUCGGCAAGAACAUUGUCGGGGUGGUGCUGGGCUGCAACAAUUACAAGGUGGUAGAUCUGGGGGUCAUGUGCACGUGCGAGACUAUCAUCAAGGCGGCAAUUGAGCACAAGGCCGAUGCGGUGGGGUUGAGUGGACUGAUCACGCCGUCGUUGGAUGAGAUGAUUCACGUAGCGCGCGAGUUCGAGCGCAAGGGUUUGAAAAUCCCGAUUCUGAUUGGAGGGGCGACAACAAGCAAGAUGCACACAGCCGUCAAGAUAUCACCGCGGUAUAAAGAACCGGUCAUCCACGUACUCGAUGCGUCGAAGUCAGUGGUGGUGGUGGGAUCACUCAAGGACGAAAAGGUGAAAUCCGAAUACAUUACCGAGAUCGCAGAAGAGUACGCAGAGCUGCGAGAGGAUCACUACGACUCGCUCAAGGACCGUGUCUACGUGAAAAUGGAGGUCGCGCGCAAAAACGCGUUCAAGAUCGACUUCACCCAGUACCCUACCCCUGUACCGGCCCAACUGGGCAAUGUUGUGUUCAAAGACUUCGACCUGGAAGAGCUCCUGCCGUACAUUGAUUGGAAACCGUUCUUUGAAGUGUGGCAGCUGCGAGGGCGUUACCCGAACAGAGGGUAUCCCAAGAUAUUCAAAGACAAGACUGUGGGAGAGGAGGCCAAGCGGCUGUUUGAUGAAGCACAGGAUAUGCUCAAGGACCUCAUUGCCAGCAAGAAGAUCAAGGCCGCUGGUAUUUGCGGCAUCUACCCGGCCAACAGCGUGGGCGAUGACAUCGAGGUGUACACGGACGAGACCCGCACAACGGUGAGCCAUACCUUCUAUAACCUGCGUCAGCAAGCCGAAAAGGACGCUCGCUCCGAUCCCUAUUUCUGUCUGUCCGAUUUCGUGGCCCCAAAAGAUUCGGGCAUUCCCGAUUAUUUGGGAGGGUUUGCGGUCAGCUGUGGGUUCGGUGUUGAGGAAUUGUCCAAGGUGUACGUGGAUAACCAUGACGACUACAACUCUAUUAUGGUAAAGGCCCUGGCGGAUCGACUGGCGGAGGCAUUCGCAGAGCUCCUGCACGAGAAGAUGCGUCAGCAGUACUGGGGCUACGCCAACGAGGAGAACAUGUCGGCCGAAGAAUUGCACAAGAUCAAGUACGCGGGUAUCAGACCCGCACCUGGAUACCCUUCACAACCGGACCAUACGGAGAAACGGGCGCUAUGGGAUUGGUUAGACAUUGAGAAAGAAACAGGAAUCGAGCUAACGGAGUCGCUGGCUAUGAGCCCCGCGGCGUCGGUCUCUGCGCUGGUGUUUGGUAACCAGAAGUCCGAAUACUUUGCCGUAGGUAAGAUGACUAAGGAACAGAUUGACGACUAUGCCAACCGAAAGAACAUGCCCAUCGACGAAGCCGAACGAUGGAUGAACUCCAAUUUGGCCUAUGAACUCGAUUAAGCAGCCGAUAUAUUCAGGAACACUAGAUAUAAGGACGCCUCCUGAAUUCGGGAACUGAGAGAAAAUGGGUCUCCAGAAUUGAGGAUAGCUUGCAGUUGGGUUGAGGUUUACUUACCCUCCCCACACGGUCUAGAGAUUAGCUAGAUACUAGAGUACAAUAGUGGCGACCGAAAGUCAGGAUAUGUUAUAGGGCUGGCAUAGCCUAUUGAGGCUUGCGUAUGUUGGUUAGGGGUUAGAUAGUCUCGUUCAUUAGACGUGUCGUAGGUUGUACAAGAACAUGUUACACAAAGUGUGUACUGGUAGUAACAGGUGCGUAUCGUUGAGAAGGAGUACCUGCUGAAUGUGUGGGCACGCUCCCCAUUGAGAGCUGAGGUGACCAUCCCAGCUGGAGCUUAGAGGACAAGGGUUGUGAUAGGAAGUGGAAGCUGUUCUUGCAUACACACUAUGCUGCACAUAGAUCAGCAAUACCAUUGAUAAAAUAUAUUAACACAAGUUUAUCGUCCUCUCAAGGAAUAAUAAAAUAUUUUGAAAUACUGAGA